AAAUUGGUGCGAUAACAAAUCCGCGAUGACAACUCCUGCAGUGAGAAAUGAAAUACCAGCCGAAUGGGGCGACAUGGGAGCGUAUGGCGGCAAGCUGCAAUUAGAUUUGGAAACCUUCGGCCUGCCGAAAGCGAAAACCCCUGCAUUAGAUUCAUUUAGGGAAAAGCAAAUCAUAAAGCACUGCGAGGUAAGAGAAAGAAACUGGGAAGAAGCCGCAGAAAAAAUUAUCGGUGAGCUAAAAGACAAAGGGGCUAAGGCAGGACAAAUAAUUGCGAUAGACGCGCAUAAUAAUGGAGCUACUGGACAAGCGAUCUUCUCUGCAUGGUGGAACGAGUCUCUUGAUAAUCUCGGAGACUUAAACGGAUAUAUGAUGAAGGAGGGAAUAAAUAAUUUGAACUCUUGGGAAGCACAGGCAAUCGAAGCAAGAGAAAAUAUUACAAAUAAGAGUGCUGGAAAUACUAUAAAAGUCUUCUCAUUCACCUCUUGUUAUAACGAUAUCUUGGGCUUGCCUUAUGGAGUGACAUAUACUUUCUACGCAGAAGAUAAGGUAGUAAAAGAUGGGUUCAUCCUGGAUGAAGUGAACAUCAAAACGGAGAAACCAGUGAGACGCAUGAAAAUACCACCAAAAACACGCAUUAACACAAGUGAUGUAAAUGUAGAGCAUAGGGAAACAUUGAGUGAAACAUUGGAAAAGACAUCUACUUUCACGAGUACCUACGAGCGUACAUCUGGCUGGAAGUUGACUGCAGGGGCUAAGAUCCCGCUUCCUGACAUUCCAGUGACCAUAUCUGCAACCGCUGAGAGAAACCAAACUGAAAAAUGGGAAGAAAAGAAAGAAAUUGUUACCAAAGAGAGCAUUGGUUUUGUAACUGAAGAACAAUUUAUCGUUCCGCCAAAAUCGAUCUUAGUUGUAAGAUUUAUUGAGGAAAUAAGCGAAUUUUCUGCCCCCUACACAAUGACGAUGGUAUCAGGGAGGGUCUCCAGCGGAAUCUGGAAAACUAAGAAAACAACUGUACACACAUGUAGUAAAUCCUUCCCGUUGGGUACACCAGGUGACGAGAUCGAAAGAGAACUUAAAAACACUGACAUCUACUAGCCGGACUUCGCAUGCUACGUGACGCAUAUAAUGGCGGUUGGGCGCUACUGCAAGCGCGAGAGGGGUCUGGUUAGAUCUGUAGAGAGCCUUGAUUUAUUUUGUGGAUCUCUUGCAGUGACUCCAGAUAUUACCUUUGAACACGUAACGGACUUUGAAACAAAAUCUCCUCAAAUCUAACAAAAACUUAAUAAUAUGAACGCGAACAAUUAGCAUGAAUAAUAAAUCUUUAUCUAGAUUUUAAUUUUUACUGUAACAAUUGCAAAUUGGUUUUCUAUAAAUCUGGGAGUGCAUUUUUAUAAGUUAGAUUUUAAUUUUGCAAAUUCAAAAUUAGUUUUCUAUAAAUCUGGGAGUGCAUUUUUAUAAGUUAGAUUUUAAUUUUUACUGUAACAGUUGCAAAUUAGUUUCCUAUAAAUCUGGGAGUGCAUUUUUAUAAGUUAGAUUUUAAUUUUUACUGUAACAAUUGCAAAUUAGUUUUCUAUAAAUCUGGAUGUGCAUUUUUGAAAGUUAGAUUUUAAUUUUUACUGUAACAGUUGCAAAUUAGUUUCCUAUAAAUAUGGGUGUGCAUUUUUGAAAGUUAGAUUUUAAUUUUUACUAUAACAAUUGCAAAUUAGUUUUCUAUAAAUCUGGGUGUGCAUUUUUGAAAGUUAGAUUUUAAUUUUUACUGUAACAGUUGCAAAUUAGUUUCCUAUAAAUCUGGGAGUGCAUUUUUAUAAGUUAGAAAUAGGAAAUAAUUUCAUGGCAAAAAUGCAAAGAUAUUGCAAAUAUUAGAUGACUAGUGUAACCCGUGCCUACAGUACAGCAAUAAUAACGUAUAAAAUAAACUCGAAUAAAUUAUUCGUCUGUAAAAUCUGACGGAAGACCAAACACGGUACUGCACACUCUACAAGUAUGACUAAUAGUAAUAUAACUUAUAUUACUACUGAUAAUUCUAACUGAUCAUAUGUGAAUGAUUUAACUUCUGCGACACCGGUAAUACUAA